CUAUGGAUAACGUUCUCUAUGGUCUGUGGGUCGAAGAAAAAGUUGUGUGUUCGACUCGUUGGCAAAAUAUAUUCUACAAUUUGAUUCCGAUUCUAAUCAUUUCAUGAAUUUUAUUGGUACUACCGUUUGCCACACUUUUAAGUUCAUCAAGGAAUAUAAACGGAGGUAAUCAGAGGGUAACAUUUAAUCAUGAGUCGUUUUUUCGCUACUGGCUCAGACUCCGAGUCUGAGAGUGUCACCGAUGAGGAGCCAGUAGUACGCGCUCCCGCUCCCGUGUACACGUUCAGUGAUGAUGAAGAGGAAACAAAACGGGUGGUACGUUCUAUGAAAGAGAAGAGAUAUGAAGAACUGGAAGGAAUAAUUCACUCCAUACGUAAUCACCGCAAGAUCAAAGAUUUUUCAUCAGCACUUGCAUCCUUUGAAGAACUUCAGAGAGCCUAUACUAGAGCAGCACCUGUUGUUCAGAAGGAAGAGAAUGGAAUUGCUCCUAGAUUUUUCAUCAGAGCUCUAGCUGAGUUAGAUGAUUGGGUAACUGGGGCUUGGGCCGAUCGAGAUGCUAGAAAAGCACUCUCAAAAGGCAACAGCAAAGCUCUGACCUCCCUCCGUCAAAAAUUGAGAAAGUAUGCAAAGGACUUUGAAGCAGAGAUAUCAAAAUUCCGUGAGGAUCCUGAUUUGCCUGAUGAUGAUGAUGAGCGUAAAGAUACUUCGUCAUCUGAUGAUUCUGACGAUGAAGAUAAGCCUAAGGAGAAGCCUCGUGCCCGACGGUCCCCAGAGGUCCGUAGGCGUGCUCCUCCCCAAGAUGAAGAUUCCUCCGAUACCAUGGACUGGGGGUCAAGUUCUUCCGAGUCCAGCUCUGAAUCAGAUUAUGAAGAAAGGGGGGCUACUACAAUACGUGAGAGAUUCCUUAAAAAAAUCACUGAAAGGGAAGAGGAUGAAGAAAGAGAUAGACGAAGGACUAAAAGGCGUGAAGAACGCCAAGGUCGAGCUGGAAAGGUCAGCAAGAAAGACCAGGCUGAUGAUGGAGGCGAAUGGGAGACUGUCACAAAGGGAGCUGCCACCUCUGACAAGCCUAAGAUGUUUGCCAAGGACAGCGACAUUGACGUUGCUCUAGUAGUGAAGAAACUAGGUGAGAUCAGUGCUGCUCGUGGACGUAAACGCACGGAUCGUCGAGCACAACUAGAGCUCUUGCAUGAAUUACGAACUGUAGCUCAACAACACAAUCUUGGCGACGCCCUACAACUGAAACUCCGUGCUGCCACUGUUGCUGCACUCUUUGAUUACAAUCCUAAAGUUUCAGAUGCAAUGAAACCAGAAUAUUGGUCCAAGCUGGUAGAGAAUGUUGACCAUAUGGUUACUUUACUUCUAGCUCAUGAAGAUAUGAUCUUGAGUCAAUCCAUACUUGAAGAGAACGAACAACUUAUUACCGCGCCGUUUACGGUGCGCGGCUGCUUACUGACGGCAUUGGAGCGACUUGACGAUGAGUUCACCAAAUUGUUAAAAGAAUGUGAUCCUCACUCAAAUGAAUACGUCGAGAGGUUGAAAGAUGAAGUCAGGGUGUCCGCUUUGAUCGAUCGCGUAUGUCAGGUAGUCGAGCGUGAUGGAACACCUCAAGAAAUUUGCAGGGCUUACCUCCGCAAAAUAGACCAUCUUUAUUACAAAUUUGAUCCUCGUGCUGUCAGGAAAGACUUACCGCCGGGUGAAGAAACCACCAUCAAAAAAAUGGAACGUCUCUGCAAGUUCAUAUAUGCGAACGACGAAUCGGAUCGUCUGAGGACUCGCGCUAUCUUGUCGCAUAUUUACCACCACGCCCUGCACGAUAACUGGUUUCAAGCGAGAGACCUGUUGCUGAUGUCUCAUCUCCAAGAGAACGUGCAACAUUCUGAUCCUAGCACUCAGAUCUUGUAUAAUCGUACAAUGGCGAACUUGGGUUUGUGUGCGUUCCGGCGGGGCAACGUGAAAGAAGCACACGGUUGCCUAGCGGAGUUAAUGAUGACCGGGAAGCCGAAAGAGUUGUUGGCGCAAGGAUUGCUUCCUCAGAGACAGCACGAGCGCUCUAAAGAGCAGGAGAAAAUAGAAAAGCAGCGACAAAUGCCAUUCCACAUGCAUAUAAAUUUGGAGUUGCUGGAGUGCGUGUACCUCGUGUCGGCGAUGUUGAUCGAGAUACCUUACAUGGCGGCGCACGAGUUCGACGCCCGGCGGCGCAUGAUCAGUAAGACGUUCUACCAGAAUCUGCGCGCGAGCGAGAGGCAGGCGCUGGUGGGGCCGCCCGAGUCGAUGCGAGAGCACGCGGUCGCCGCCGCGCGGGCCAUGCGUCGCGGUGACUGGCGCGCUUGCCUCAACUUCAUUGUCAAUGACAAAAUGAAUGCUAAGGUGUGGGACCUAAUGGUCGGCGCCGACAACGUACGCGCCAUGCUCGGCCGUCUGAUCCGCGAGGAAUCACUGCGAACCUACUUAUUCACUUACGCGCAUGUUUACGCGUCGCUAUCUCUCAAAUCUCUCGCUGAUAUGUUUGAAAUGCCUCGCCAGCGAGUUCACUCGCUCGUCUCCAAGAUGAUCAUCAACGAAGAAUUGCUCGCGUCUUUAGAUGACCCCAGCGAAUGCGCGAUCUUGCACCGUUCUGAACCUACGAGGAUGCAGGCGUUGGCGCUACAGCUUGCGGACAAAGUCGGCAACUUGGUGGAUUCCAACGAGCGUAUAUUCGAGAAGCAGGGCUCGUUCUUCCAGCGUGGAGGCGCGGGUCGCGGCGAAGGACGGCAGCGCGAGCAACGCCGCGAGGGGGGCUGGAACCGGCGCACGCGCAACCGGCGCCGCGACGACGAGCGCAGCCACGACGACUGAGCACAUCCGAAGACUCGAUGACACGGGACGAGUCUACAACCAAGGAACUUAUAUACUAACUGGAAUGCUUACGAAACAAUAUGGGAAUUCAAAAAAUGGACUCUAACUAGUUAAACAUAAAAUCCAUUUUUGUUUCUACCUUCAUAAGGGGGAAAAAUACUCCUAGCGAGUUCGAUACUCGAACGACGAAAGUG